AAGAGUUGGCAUUGAUUAUAUUUGCUUUAUUCUCUCUUUAGCUUAUUGUUUCAUCUCUGAAUUCCUGCAUGGCUAAAUCCUCUGCGUCUCAUAAAACGUCUCCCAUGAUUUCCGUAGUUCUGCUUGCAGGGCUGUUAAUGAGUUGCCUACGCAUAACAGGUGCUCAAAUGGGAGUUUGUUAUGGAACACUUGGUGAUAAUUUACCAUCGGAGCAAGAAGUUGUAGAUCUUUUCAACCAAUACAAUAUACGAAGAAUGAGAAUCUAUGAUCCAAACCCAAGAACUCUCCAAGCUCUUGGAGGCUCCAGCAUCGAGCUCAUGUUGGGUGUUCCGAAUUCUGACCUUCCAAGCAUUUCUUCCAGUCAAGCCAAUGCAGAUGCAUGGGUGCAAAACAAUGUGCUCAAAUACAGUAAUGUCAAAUUCAGAUACAUUGCGGUUGGAAAUGAAGUGAAACCGGGUGACGAUUUUGCUCCAGCUCUUUUCCCUGCCAUGCAAAACAUUCAGAACUCAAUUUCUGCUGCUGGUCUAGGGAAUCAAAUCAAAGUCUCCACUGUUACCUUUGCUGCCGCACUUGGCGAGUCCUACCCUCCAUCACGAGGCGUUUUCAAUGCAGAAUACCACUCACUUCUUGCGCCUAUUAUUAGCUUCUUGGUCAGCAACCAGUCACCAUUUCUCGUGAACUUGUACCCUUACUUCAGUCGCGCAGAAAACAAUGACAUUCCUCUUAAUUAUGCACUUUUAGUACCUGAUCCAUCUGCCACAGUAUCCGAUCCACCAUUUGAAUACAACAACCUUUUUGCUGCUAUGGUGGAUGCUGUUUACUCUGCACUUGAGAAGGCUGGUGGGGGUUCAUUAGAGAUCGUCGUAUCGGAGAGUGGUUGGCCCUCGGCAGGAGGGGGACCAGAAACCAACAUUGAUAAUGCAAGAACUUACAACACAAACUUGGUUCAGCAAGUGAAGAAUGGCACUCCAAAGAGACCCGGAAGGCCUAUCGAAACUUACAUCUUCGCAACUUUCGACGAGAAUCAGAAACAACCGGAAUACGAGAAAUUCUGGGGGCUCUUUCUUCCAAGUAAACAGCCCAAGUACCAAAUUCAACUUGACUAGAAGCAGCAUAUAAAGUGUAUCAGGGGAAGAAGCCAGGCCAUUUACUUUGUGCAAGAAACAUCAUAUUUCUAAUUAAUAUAGGUUCAUAUAGCAUCAUAUUUUCAACUUCCUGAAGGAAUAAUGGUUUGUUUAAGUCUUAUGAAUAUCAUUAUAUAGCCUUGUGAAUCCAACAUCUCAUGGGAAGGUAGACUUCACACUUGAAUUUUU